UUAACCUUUCUCUCUUGCUAGAUAAAAUGUUAUACAAUUCAUUAGAUUGUUGUAUGAAACAUAAAUAAUAACAUAAUAAAAAGGGUUUUAUUUGGCAACACUUUCAGUAUAAACAAAAUUCGGCGUGACACCAAUUUUUCUACUUGCUCUUUACCGGCGCGGGCUGAUGAGAGUAGUUUUGUGUAUAAUAGUGAAUAAACGUUGAAUUAUUUAUAUUGUAGGUUGAUUAAACUCAACUUUGUGUAGUUUUAUUUCAAACUUACAUACAAGGAGUUUGUAAUAAACGUAGGUAACAAUCGAUUGAUUGAUUCGGAUGGCUGAUUGAGACGAGUAGUUCUUGGAUUUGCUGUGCAUUUAGAAUUGGUUCUCUGCAUAAAGAUUACCCUCAUUCCGGCGAUAUGUCGCACAAGUCUUUCGUUGCCGUUGCUACACUGGUAAUCGGCGUGCUAAUUGAUAGCGGCAACGCCUGGACCGCUCGCGGAUGCGUCGACCUAGACUCGUCAACGUUCGAUAAGGUAACGAAAAAGUUUCGUUACAGUCUGGUAAAGUUCGAUACAGCCUUCCCGUACGGUGAUAAGCAUGAAGCGUUUACGAACCUAGCGCUAGAAACCGUCGAAGCGACUGAUGAUCUUUUGUUUGCCCUGGUUGGCAUCAAGGAUUACGGUGAGCAGGAUAAUGCAGACCUGGGGAAACGUUUCAACAUCCCGAAGGAGUAUCCGGUGAUAAAGUUGUUUAUGGGCGACAAUGGGAAACCGAUCGAUUUCCCACCAGACGAGGAAGUGACUAGUGAAAAUUUGCGCAAAUUUCUAAAGCGCAACACUGACCUUUACAUCGGAUUGCCGGGAUGUGUGCAGUUGCUGGAUGAGCUGGCGCAAAAAUUCAUGGCUACUGACGAUGCAACAGAACGACAAGCAAUAAUGGCGGAAGUAGAACGUGCAGAGCAAGGAACGGAAGCGCUAGAUCCAACGAAAAAGUCAUUCCCGAUGUAUCUUUCCCUGAUGAGGAAGGUUGUAAAGUCGAACCAGCCGCCGGUGGAUGUUUUAAGUGAGGAGAUGAAACGGGUGGAAAAGUUAUUGACAGAAAAGCUUAGCGAUGCAAAGAAGGCUGAACUAAAGCUGCGCAUCAACAUUAUGCUUUCGUUCAGCAUGCUAAACAGGGCGCUAAAAUAUGAACGAACGGAACUGUAGAACGAAUAAAUGUUCUGUAAUAUGCAAUAGCCCUUUGGACGGUAUUGUGAUAGUAAUGGAUGGAACUUUGUAGUUCAGAUGUUCCGAAACGAAUGAAAUUAUUGUUGGCAGCAUUAAGAGGUGAGUUGAUGAAAAACCGCAUCAAAACCAGAAGGUCUAGACGGAUUGUAACCAUCCAAGUAUACAAACAUACAAUAAUGGUAAGUGAUUAUUUUGUAACUAUAAAAAUUCGAUAUAAAAUUCUUUUAAGGGUGGCUCUAGCCAUACUAAAGUGUUUUCAGAUUUUCUUCCGUAUGCUGCAACAAAGCAUGUGAUCAGAAACAUAUCACGUUGUUAAUGUAAGGCGCAGCAUACCUAUAUCUUCUCAAAACAUUCUAUAUAUUUUAAGUUAAAGCGGUAUCUAAAAUUUAAGAUAGGUUAGUGUACACCUGCUACAAUCUCAAAUUGUACGUUAUUGUACUACAUUGCUUGCCCUUCAUCCCUCUUCCCCAAUUCCCUUCCCUAUACGUAGCUAGUCACCGUCAACCUCUGCAGGCAAAUGUUCCUCGGAUGGGUGAUUUCUACAGAUGAUUUCUCCUUUCACAGCCGCCGAACGUGCGACAAAUAGAAGAAACAAGCGAGAGAGAGAGAGAUACAUACACCAAUAGUGGCUGGAAGAAAAUUCCUUACAUGAGAGCGAUGAGAAUUGCUGGAAGGAAGCCGAUAGGAAGAUGUGUAUGAAAAGAAAGCAAAAAUAUGUUGUAAUGAAGGUUCCGGAGGAAGUUCGGAACGAGCAGAGUAGUUUAGGCAGAGAGAGAGAGCGAGUGAGAGAAAAACACAUCAACUCACGAUCGAGGUGCUGAUCUGCUGUUCAAGCGGUUUCUGUGCGCAUCGAAGAAAACAAACCAACAGACGAAUGUACUAGCAGCACUAUACAGUUGGACCGUAACUGAAGCGGCAUGAAGUGUUUCUUAAGCUGCACUAUCUUAUCUGUGCGCGUGUUGCAAGUGUUGAUGUAAAGAGGGUGUGUUUCAGUUUGGACAGACGAUACGAAAGCAUAAAUCAUCAGAUAGAUAUCGGUCCGCCAGUCGAUAUUGAUCAGUUAUGUGUCCGCAUAACCCGGACAAUUCAUCAUAUUUUGGAGUGACAACUGAAGAAUGUUUUCUGUCAGAAGGUUUCCCAAAGAAACUACUGCUACAGUGUUUCAUACAGAGAAAAAAAUGAAACAAGCUUCCAAGUUAUGCAAACAUUUUUAACAAAUUGCUUUUAAAAACGCUAGGAAUUAAAACGUUAUAGGAAUUAUAAUAUUGAUUUAUGCUUCUGAUAGUUCUAGAUACAUAUUCCAAACAGUUCUUGAAGGACUGGAAAGAUUUUGUUUCGAUUUUAUAAGUAUUGUAUGCUAAUUAUAAUUAACACCUCCGUAGGUAACGUUUGUUCCAGUAUUUGUUUCUCUCAUUUACUCAAGAAAAAGAAAAAAACAAAAGACAGUGGCUUAACCAUGAUCGUGGGUUAAGCGCCACUGUCUCGCGAGUGACUUGCGCGAAAGGAAAGCAACCUGUCCUGCCCUGCAUCCAAAAAGGAAUGAGACAACGAACCCUUUCUUUCUACAGAGACCGCAUAAGAAAGAAGCACCGAACGAAAAAACAAAGCGAACCGUGUUGCAGACCUGCCCGAAAAGAAACAGUAAAAGUUUGUCGCUAUUCGACAUGCUUUUGACGGCGGGGGGUUUUUGGGAGGGAUGGACGGGUGCAGGGUCGACGGUAUAUAUCAUCGGGCCAAACGACAAGACACAUGAGGCGAACGCCGUACGCCUUCCCUUUUUAGCAUUUCCCACCGUCCCGCACGCACGGGUCCGUUCGUCAAAAGGUGCGGCACAGCAGUAGAAUACCGCCUUAAGGGGUUGGUAGACCACCCCAUCCCCACCCGGGGCCCGUAAGCGAAACCGAAGCAUUCCCAAAAAAAAAAACCCGAGCCCACCGUCGAAGCCACGAUCGGCCGGAGCGAGCCCCGGACGCUGUGUGGGCUUUCCGUGCAGGUCUCAGUUACGCACUGGCACUACGACCGAGCGCACUUGCUGCUCCAUCCUCGUCGAUCUUUCUGCUUACGGGAGCUUUCGGCCUGUGUUGUACUGGAAACGAGCGCGCGGGGAGGGCCGGGGAUGGUUUCUUUUGCGGCUUGGCGCACCUGAAACCUGCGUGGCUUAGAGAUUUCUUGCGUUGAUGGGCGGUUUGUGUAUGUGUGUGUGUGUAACCGAACGCACGUAAGGAGUGUUCGUGUUUGUCGUGUUUUGCACCGAGACCCGUUAUAGCCCCCGUGUGGUACACACUUGGAAGAAUCUUUACAUCGCGUCUUCUUCUGCUGGAGCACCGGAUCCGUUAGGUUCUCUGGCUAAGUGUCCUCUACGCCAUUGGUACGGUGGUGAUCAUCUUACAGUACAAUCUUUAGCACAGUUCAAAUGAGACAAGAUCGUAUGAGAAAGGGAGAAAGAUAAAGUGAACGGAACGGAAGAAGUUAAACCGUACCAAUAGAUGACCAUUAAACCCCUUUUUUGUGAUGUAAAGUCUUUGCUGUAGAAGAAAAUUCCAAACGUCUUGCUGUUGAGUGUUUGUUGUUUUGAUUACGUGUGUUUACGUGAAGAUUAGUUCGUAUGUGCUUCGUUAAGAUAUUCCGUAAAAGAUUGAAUUGAAGAAAUCGCGCGUAGAGGUUGCUUUUCUUUCGCUUUACGAUCGCGCGAAGUAGUGUACCGGGCGUUGUAAACAUAAUCCGUGCCACCUGCUCGCUGUAUGAUCUUCUCUGUGCGCGGGAUCGAGCUGGUACGAAGAGGGAUAUAACAAGUGCACCAGUUCAAUGCACGUGCAGAUCUUUUCGGACAGCUCGUAUUAUUGUUUUCGUUCGUUCGUGUUGUGUGCUUGACAGUUUCAUAUCAAGUGGUUCAUAUUCCACUACAAUCAACUACCAUCCCAUCAUCAGCCGCUACCCACAUUCAACCGCAGCAUUCCAAGACCUGGGGCGAGGGUGAAGAAUUCGUCGCAACCUUCACCCGUACAUUCUACAUGCAUUAAAAUUUAACAGUUUGCCCGUUACGGAUUUCCUGCAAUACGGGCAAAGCUCUGGCCACCGUGCAUGGAAAAGAACUAUAAAAAUACGCCGAGAACCGCAGAGAAAAACGCUUCAACAAGUUGCGUCAGCGAUGACAUAUGUGCAUCGUGCUUCACAGUGGCAGACGUUCAUCCAUACCUCGUACAGGCUGAGUAACACCAAGCAACGGCAGAGGAGUCGUAUAGUUGCAG